AUGUCAAGAGAGCCAAUUAUUUUUAAUUUUUCAGAACUAACAUCUGUAAUUGAUGAAUAUAUAUGUCCAAUAUGUAUGGAAACAUAUUAUAAAAAAGAAAUUUAUCAAUGUAGACAAGGUCAUUGUUCGUGUAAAGAUUGCUGGAAAAAAUCACUUGAAAUAAAAAAGGAAUGUACACAAUGUAAAAUUCGAGUAAAUUCUUUUAAAAACCUCUCAAGAACUAGACAACUAGAGAAUUUAAUAUUAAAAACGGAUGUAUGUUGUCCAUAUUCAUUCAAAAAUAUUAUUAGAGUAGAUGAAAGUGAAGAAUUAAUUAAAGAUAGUAAUGGAUGUAAAGAAAUUAUAAAAUUGGAAGAAUUAGAUAAUCAUAUUGAAAUUUGUGGUUUUAGAUUUGUAAAAUGUGGAUAUCAUAAAAAAGGGUGCAAAGAUAAAAUCAGAUACAAUGAAAAUGAAAUUCAUAUCUCCGAAUGUGAAUACCAAACUUCAAAAUGUACACAUUGUUCUAAUGUUUACUUAUUAAAAACAAUCCAACAACAUUAUCUCGAAUGUCACUCGAUGUUAAUAGAAUGUAAAGAAUGUAAUGAAAAAAUUAAAAGAGGAGAAAUGAAUAACCAUUUAGAUAAAGAAUGUCAGGAGGUCAUUAUUCCAUGUAAAUUUUCACAAUUUGGGUGCAAUGAUAAAAUAAAAAAAAGAAAAUUUGAAAAUCAUUUGGAUCAAAUAAACCACAACAAACAUUUAAGUAUGGCAAUAGACCAUUUCAAUACAGCAAUAGAACAUUUAAACAUUAAAAACACUCAACUUUCAAAUAGUAUAAAUGAAUUAACCAAAGGUAAAGAAGAUUUAAUCAUUAAAAAUAAUCAACUAUUAAAUUAUAUUGAUAAAUUGACUAAAUGUAAGGAAUAUAAAAACAAUUGGAUUAUUUCAAACUAUUCCAAAAUUAAUCAUAAUAAUAAUUAUGAAUUUUUGAAAUCUCCUCAAUUUGGAUAUGAUACAAAAGAUUUAUUUGAUAUCAAAUUUUUUAAAAAUAAAGAUAAUGUUGGAAAAAUAGCUGUCUAUCUUUUUCCUGCAAGUGAACAAAAAAACUUAACAUUCUCAAUAACUUUAUUAAAUAAAGAUACUAAAAAGAACUUUACCCUUACAUUCAAUAAUUAUAUAAAAUUAGGAUCUGGAAAAGGAUGGCUCAACUUUAUAGAAAGUGACCAAUUAAAUAAAGAAAACGGAUAUGUAACACAAGAUGACAAAAUAGAAUUUGAAUUUACAAUUACAAUGCCAUUAUUAUCAAAUUAA